GUCUCUCCUUUUUCCUUCGCGUUUUCCCUCCGCGUUCCCCGACGUUCCUUCUCCACUUCUCCUCCGUCCGACGACCACGUUCACUAAUUGAAGCCCUAGCUGCCGCCUGCGGCCAUGGUCGUCUCCUCCGCCAUCGAAUGCGUCUUCUGCCUCGGUUGCACCCGCUGGGCCUGCCGCCGCUGCGCGCGCGUCGGCGCCGACGACAGCGACGCCUGGCCUCGCGCCUCUCCGGCUGAGUUCGCCCCCGUACCCCGCGCAUGCCGUGCCGUUCUCGCCGCCUAUGAGGACGACCUCGCCCGCCCCCGCUGGGCCCCUGACCGCCCCGGAGGCUACCGCAUGGACCCCGACGCCGUCGUCAAGCGCACCUCCUAUGCUGAUACCCGCGGCCGCUGUCCGCCGUACCACGUUUACGUCGACCGCGCCGCCCGCCAGGUCGUCCUCGCCGUCCGAGGCCUCAACCUCGGACACGACGCCGACUACCGCCUCCUCCUCGACGACCCGCCUGGGUCCCAACCGUUCGACGGAGGGUACGUCCACCUCGGCCUGUUCAAGGCGGCCGUCUGGCUGCUCAACCGCGAAGCUGAAACCCUGACCCGCCUCAUCAGGGAUUGCGGCCCGGACUAUGGCCUUGUGCUUGCCGGACACUCCCUUGGGGCUGGCGUUGCUGCCUUGAUGGCUGCUGUCGUCGUGAACCAUCUUGAUCGGUUUGGCGGAUUACAGAGGAGCCAGGUCCGUUGCUACGCCAUCGCGCCGGCGAGGUGCAUGUCUCUGAACCUUGCGGUGAAGUACGCCGACGUGAUCCACUCGGUCGUACUGCAGGAUGAUUUUCUACCAAGAACACCAACCCCUUUGCAGCAUAUUUUUGGGUCUAUUUUCUGCUUGCCGUGCUUAUUAUUGUUGGUAUGCAUGAGAGAUACCUUCAUAUCGGAAGCCAAAAAGCUCAAGGACCCUAGAAGGCUUUAUGCUCCUGGUCGAAUGUAUCAUAUAGUGGAGCGAAAAUUUUGCAGAUGUGGAAGAUUUCCUCCUGAGGUUAGAACUGCCAUCCCUGUUGAAGGAAGAUUUGAGCACAUAAUACUCUCAUGCAAUGCUAUGUUUGAUCAUGGAAUCAUUUGGACGGAGCAAGAAGCUCAAAAGGCUUUAGAAAUAAUGAUCGGAAAGGAUUCCAUGAUAACCCCUCCAACAAGGCAAAUGAUGGAACGAAGGGAGUCCCUUGAGAAAGAACACAAGCAUGCACUGGAAAAGACUACGAACUCAGUAGCAGAGUGUAAAGAAUCCCAAGAAGACUUGGAAGCGUCCGUAUCUAGCGGUUCCGAUUCGAGCAGGGGAAUGAACUGGGAUGACUUGGUGGGGAAGUUACUGGAUGAGGAUGAAACAAAAGAGAAUUUUGUUGACGAUGAUUUGGUUGUUGGGAAUUCCAGUAAGAAGACAGCUCUUCCGUGAGAUGACUUCGUACUUCGCGCUUUGAUCAUUCUUUUGUAUAGUGUAUUUUUAUUGUGCCAAUUUUUCUAUUUGCAAAUAUAGUUUUCUUUUAUUUCGCUUCCUUCUAUAAAAAUUGUUGUAACAAUAGCGAAUUGUAUAUUGAGUUUUGAAGAAAGAUAGUAGAAUAGACACGCC